AUGUCUUCACCCGCACCCUCUGAACAGCUUCGUUUUGAAAUUCAUGAAGCUAACAAACGCAAAUAUUCUGGUAGACCUCGUUCUAGGCACCCUCUCCAAUCUAAGCCUGAAUUGGGUCAAACUACACUCUUUGAAACCCUCAAUGGAACUCGAGUACGCCGAGGAGCGAAACCUAAUAUUCGAAAUAUUCAAGUCCCCCCCUUGAUAAAUGGUAUGCGAAGGCAUUGGAUUGAUGGCUCUAAUGAGCAAGCUAUAGUAAAGUCUUUCGAACAUUUUCGAAAUCAAGAAGGCGAUCACUCCCUACAAGCUCGAUCUUCAUACCCACGCGAAUUCAAGCUUAGAGCUAUUCAAUAUCAUCGCUAUACGUGGAGAAGAGACAAAAAUGAUCUCUCUUCCCCUAUUAGCAUCUAUUAUGCAGCAGGAAAGCUUGGUAUCACUCCCUCCCUUCUUUCCAGAUGGAUUACCAAUGAAAAUUCCAUAUUAUCAGCUCGAAAAGGUUCUCGAAGAUCAUACAAUAACAAACGAUCUCCUGAAGAGCUUCGAGAAGUGAUUCAACGCUGGUGUCAAUUCAAUCGAAGAAAUACUAUUCGAAAUAUUGAUUCGGAUGCUGGAAAACCUCAGAAUGAAUCUGAAGAAAAUCCUAGAAUUGGUCGAUUUCUACUUUCAAAUAUCACGAAUAUGGAUCAAACUCCACUUGCUUUCGAAUUUGGAUCAUCUGAGCGCACAUACGAUCAUACAGGCAAUAACACAGUUCUUUUAAAGGGGGGUAAAGGGGGCUGGGAUAAGCGACAAGCUACUCUUCAGAUUCUAGUUUCUGCAGAUGGAGUCCCUCGAUGCAAACCACUUCUUAUGUUUAAGGGUGCUGAAGGGGCGGGCUCUAGUUCUCCAGAAUCAGCAUCAGAUCGAGAACCUCGUCUUUUAACUCUUGAUUCUUUUGCUGCUCAUAAAGGGCAGGGGCGCAAAAAGAUUGAAAAAGAGUCCCCAUCUCAACGUCAAAUUCGAGAGCAAGCUGAUCUUGAAGUUCUACGUUUGCGUCAAAUUCUAAAAGAGCUUAAUGUCACCACUUCCAUUAUCCCUGGUGGAACUACAGCAUAUUUUCAAGUUCUUGAUGUUUCAAUCAAUAAGCCUUUGAAGUGGGUUGGGAAUGCCUGGGAAGAGCUUCAUCAAAAGAAUAAGGGUACAAUUAUCAAGACAUUUAGACAGCUUGAUCUUUCACUUCAUCCCAAUGGGAGUGAAGAUCAUGAGCUCAAAAUAAGAGAUUUACCAGAUUUUGAAAUUGGGGAUUAUAGUCGAAUUCUUACCCCCACCGUGACAGACUCCUUACCUGCUCUUGAAACUACAGAGAAGGUUGAAGAAGAGGCUAUUAUCACUGAUGGACAUUCGCUCGAUACUCUUCCCCCUUCUCAAAUGAAUUUGCGACGUAGAGCUCUUCAUACAGCAACAUAUCACACUUUUGAAGAAAGAGAGGCUGGGAUUUCUGGGUAUUUUGAUUCAGAUAAUGAGGCGACAACAUGUACUGAAGAAGAUACAGAUUCAGAUCAAUCUCUUGAUUUGAAUGAAUUAGAGAGUGAUAAUGAUGAGGAUAUGAAUCUGUAG